AUGAACUCUAAUGUAUGCACGAUUGACGACUUUUCCGAGCUUAAGGAUCUAAUUGAGAAGUCCCAUAAUGUUAAGGCAGAUGUAUCUGAUGAAAUCAAGAACUUACUUGCUAGAAGAAGUGAAAUAGAGCACAAAUUAAAAAAGAUAAACUCUCUAAUACCUGAUUUCCAUAAGUUACAAAUAAAUGCCGAAAAUUCUUCAAGAUUGGUGAGCUGUGCUUCAAAACUUGCUCUACAGCUCAGUGGGAAAGUGGAGCAAUUAGAUUUUGUGAAAAAUCAUGUUCUUAAUUGUGUAGAUAAACUUAGUCAUAUAAUUACUGUAAGGAACAGUGCAGUUGGAGUGAAACGAUGUCUCAUUGACUCUAAAUUAGAUGAAGCCGCUGGUUACGUAUUUACUUAUCUGGAAAUGGAGAGAGAUAUAAUUUCUCUUAUCUCUCGUCUAUCAGCGGAUAAUCCUGAUAACCCAUUGAAAACUCUGGAUGACAGCCGACAAAUUCUCGUAAAGAUGGCAAUUGGGAAAUUCGAUGAAUGUGUUUCGAAACGGGAUGAAAAGAAUAUAGUACAUUUAUUAAAGAUAUUUUUCUUAUUAGGCGAAACCAAUGAAGGAAUUCGACGAUUUUCUACAUAUCUUUGUUCAUACAUUUCAAAUAAAUGUGAAAUAUUGAUAACUAAUUAUAAAUCAUCUUCAAAAUCAUCUGAAUUUGCAUCAGCUAAUCUAAUCACAGAAAUUUUAGAGUUUGUUGCGGAUACAUUAAAAAAUAAUUCAAUGUACGUCGAAACAUACUGUGGCCCAGGCAACAUAUUUGGGUUUGUAUCUUCUGUUCAUUGUGUCGUUGACCAAUACGUCAAGUGUGUAAUCGAGCGUUUCUAUAAUUAUCAUCAUCUUGAUGAACUUUGUUCAGUGCUCAAGAAAUUAAAUAGUAAUAGUUUAAACAGUAAAAGACAUGAUUCAUCAGCUCAGUCGAUCAAUAGAGAUAAAAUAUUGGAUUCAAACGAAUUAGGAUCAGAUCGCGUAUUGAUCAUUGAGCCUAUAAUUGUUGAAACGUUACAGAUCAUUACAUGUUCAGAACUUUAUUUGAGAUUUAUACAGAGGCGAAUUUCUGCUGAUAUCAAACAGUGCAAUCUUGCAGAAAAUGAUUUUAAAAAAAAAAGUAAUGAAAUUUCAAAGUUUUUUGAAAAUUCUCAUCUUGUUUGUCAAGUACAAGAUUUACUCAAUAAAUAUCUUAAUUUAGAACAAUAUUAUCUUUAUGUGACAAUGAUAAAGGCAUUAAAUUCAGAUGAAGUCGACUCAUCUAGUAAUAUAUGGUGCUUUGUUGACGAUGUGUUUUUCAUCACUAAGAAAAGUCUUGUUCGAUCUCUUUCAUCUGGUAAUGUGGAUACUAUUUGUGCUAUGGUGAAUCAUAGUUGUUCAAUGCUAAUUGAUCUUAUGGUAAAUGAUUUUCUGGGCAACGUUAUUCGUACAGGGUUUCCUUCGGGUUGGGUACAAGAUGCAUACAGUUAUGUUCAGAAUAGUGUUGCUGUGGCUGGUUCACUUAGUUCUUCUUCAUCCAUUGUCAAUGUUCCAACAGUAUCAUCAUUUAAUAUGAUUGGACCUAAUGCACUUACAAGAUAUCAUUUCCUAGUUACUCUUAAUAGUAUUGAAGCAUCUCAAAAAGAUUUAUUGUCACUUGUUAAUCAUCUUGAAAGUGAAUUAAAUUUACUUUAUCAAAAUCAAGAAAUCAAUUCACAAAAACUUAAUAUGUGUAUCACGGAAUUAAAAGUUUCUAUCUCAGAUCAACUUCAAGCAUUACUUGAUUCUGCAUUCGAGUAUCUUUCAACUAGUGUUAUUCAAAGUCAAGUAAAAACUUUGUUAAAUGUUUUCAAAUCAUUGAAAUAUGAUUUAAUUGAGGAGGAUCUAGAUGUUUUCGCUGCUAAUGAUCGAUGGAUUGAAUCAUGUAUAGCUCAUACAGAAGAUUUUCUCAAACCAUUUAGGUCUGUUCUGUCAAUUGAGAAUAACGAUCGAUUUGUAUUAAUUCUCAUAAAUGAAAUUUUGCAUCAACUUGAUCAAUUUAUUCAAAGGAAAUCUUUCAGUAGAUUUGGAGCUAUUCAACUAGAAAAAGAAUAUCGUAAUUUGUUUGCAUAUUUGACAUCAAUAUCUUACAGCUCUUUGCGUGAUUAUUUUACGCGUAGUUUACAAAUUUGUAGACUCUUAAACUUGGAUCGAAUUGAAGAAGUACAUUAUUAUUGGAAUAGUUCUAAUUGGCGUCUCACUGCACAUGAAGUCAGAAGUAUUCUAUCUCUAAGACGUGAUUUUGCUGUAAAUGAAAUUCGUGCACUUAAACUACAAUGA